AUGGCAGAAGUGGCUCCAGCUCCCGCCGCCGCCCCGGCGAAAGCCGCCAAGAAGAAGGCAGCAGCAAAGCCCAAGAAGACCGGCCCCAGCGUCAGCGAGCUGAUCGUUAAAACCGUGUCCGCCUCCAAGGAGCGGAGCGGCGUGUCUUUGGCCGCCCUGAAGAAGGCUCUGGCUGCCGGAGGCUACGAUGUGGACAAGAACAAGGCCCGCGUCAAGACCGCCGUCAAGAGCCUGGUGACCAAGGGGACUCUGGUCCAGACCAAGGGAACCGGAGCCUCCGGCUCUUUCAAGAUGAGCAAGAAGGUGGAGACCAAGCCCAAGAAGGCGCCCGUGAAGAAAGCCGCUCCUAAAGCCAAGAAGCCCGCCGCCAAGAAACCCACAGCGGCUAAGAAGCCCAAGACAGCGGCCAAGAAGGCAGCAGUCGCCAAGAAAUCCCCGAAGAAGGUGAAGAAGCCCGCAGCGGUCAAGAAAGCAGCCAAGAGCCCCAAGAAGGCCGCCAAGAGCCCCAAGAAAGCUGCCCGUAAGAGCGCCCCGGCCACCGGCGGAGUGAAGAAGCCCCAUCGUUACAGGCCCGGUACCGUGGCUCUCAGAGAGAUCCGUCGUUACCAGAAAUCCACCGAGCUGCUGAUCCGCAAGCUGCCCUUCCAGCGCCUGGUCAGGGAGAUCGCUCAGGACUUCAAGACCGAUCUGCGCUUCCAGAGCUCAGCUGUCAUGGCUCUGCAGGAGGCCAGCGAGGCUUACCUGGUCGGCCUGUUCGAGGACACCAACCUGUGCGCCAUCCACGCCAAGAGGGUCACCAUCAUGCCCAAAGACAUCCAGCUGGCCCGCCGCAUCCGUGGAGAGAGAGCUUAAACUGUCUGCUACUCUAA